AAAGCAGUUUAUAACUGUAUAAAAAAAUGACCUGAUCAAGGUUGAAAGGGCCACUACGGGCCAGUGAAAGUAUUAAGGAUACGGAGUCUAUUGAAUGCGUGUCACAUUGUUGGUAUAUCUCAUUUAGUCUUUUGGUAUUUCACAGGUGCCUGUCAUGUAUUUUUGAGAUUAUUUCGAGAGCUUUGUUUACAAUGCUAUCACCGAAGUGUGACAACACCAUUCACAUGCAAAUCCGCAAUCUCAUGCUAUUUGUCCUUUGUUUUUUCUUGGCUCUAUGAGAAGUCGUGCUUCUUAAUCACAUGACAUGGAUAAGACUGAUUCGUGAUUUGCAGAUAGAACGAAAAGCGUGUUGUAUUGUUUUGGGUUUGCUUUCAACGGAAGAACUAUAAGCUCAUAAACGUCAAACUUAUUGGCACCGGAAACCACUUGGCUUUAACAGACUACGCAAUGUAUGUGAAUUACUUUAUCAACAGAGAAAACUCCAUCGAUUAUCUACGGUGAAUUCAAUUCAAGAAGAGAUGAGGCAUCACCAUUCUGCCAAGAAAGAGUUGGAGAAGACGAUCAAUGUCCUGAAGGAAGAAAUCACGAGACUACACAACGACCUUCGCCAGACCAAAGGAGAACUUAAACUCGAAAAGACCCGGACAAUGGACCUCACAAUGGCGGUGCAGGAAAAAGACUCGGAGCUUUUCAACUUGCAGAAAGACUUCGAUCAACAGAUGCAAGCCGUAACGUCAGCAUUACUUAUAUUGGAGAGCGAUAUUCGCAAAGAGCAAAAAGAAAUACAAUUAGAUGCUGAUAAAAAGGACUAUUUGAUUCGCGAAUUAACCGAAGAACUAAGAAAACGCGAGCUAGCACAACAGCAGGAACAGAAGGUACUCGAAACGUUGAAAUCUCAACAUGAUAAAGAAAUUAAAGUAAGAGACAAAAGAAUUGCGAGUCAGUGGCGGGAAAUCGAGUCUUUGAAAAAUGCUAACACAAAAUUCCUAGACGCAUUAGCUCAAUUCCGACCAAAUACAGAUGGACUUAAAAUGCAACGUAAUGCUUCGACGGGUUCCCUAUCCAUUAAUCGGCCGCGUAAGAGCUCCGAGGACUCAACACCACAUAGACUUCGUCUGGCUGUUAGCCCUAAUUCACGACGAAAAGUGAAUAAUCCCGAGUGGAAGGAGGAACUUUCCGCUUUCUUUUGAUGAAAAGAUAUGGCUAUUAGAAUAAGUAUUAUCGGCUAUUUUAUUUAAUACAUUUACAUUAUAUUCAAAGUAUUGACACUUUAUUACAGUUAACAAAAAAAAUAUAGACCACCCAUCGCCACACAGUGAGGAAAAUUUAAAUAGCUCGCGGGUCCAAUGACUCACAGUUCAAGCAGGAGAGAGUUUUGCCUCAGUUGCUCGUGAAACGUGAGCUCGUGAGCUCAGUCCGCGCACUGUUGUGUGUAGUUGUUGUGUGUAGUUGUUCGCGAGGGAGUGAGGUGCAUCCCUGAAAUUUUCUUCACCAUGUGCACCGGGCUUUAUGGCCUUUUACAAAGACUUUGAGUAAAUCCUUAAGGGUUUAGACAUUCAAUUCGUCAAUUCAGUUAUCGAAUAGUUUUUUAACUUGCAUGUCAAUCAAUAGUUAUAGGAAAUGGUCACUCGCAAAAUACUCGAAAAAAAAAUCUUGUUGGAAUUUUCGUUCUAAAUUAAAAGACAAAUAUUCUUGUA